GGCACUCUCCACAGGGGUGAGGGUCACGCAAAGACACUUUCCCAGUGGGUGGAAUCAAACAGAGUGACACCUCCCCUAGGGGUGGGGACAUACAGGGAGGGUCUCGGGCGGGAGGGAGAGAAGAGAGAGGAGACAAAGAAAGACUGCCCGCAGUGGGGUGGUGGGGACACGGAGGGAGACUGCCCUCCCCGGGGGGGUGGGGACACGGAGGGAGACUGCCCUCCCCAGGAGGUGGGGACACACGGAGACUCCCCCUUGGGUUGGGGGUGUUGGAGGUGAAGGGGCAGAUGGAGCCUGUCCCCCGGGGGGUGUUGGGGAUGUUGCGGGGCCGCUGGGCGAUGCUGGGCCCCGGCGGAAGGGCCUUCCUGCAGGUGCUGCUGCUGUGCGGGCUGUGUGUGUCCGCUCUGGGCAGCGGCCUGAUGGACCGGGUCCACACCGAGCUCGGCUACGGGCACUACGCGGAGCGGCGUGUGGCCUGGCUGCCCCGCUUCCUGGCCAUGCCGUGUAACUGCCUGGUGAACCUGGGCUACAUGGGGCUGGGGGCCUACUGGCUGCGGAGGGAGGCGGCGCCGGGCCCAGGCCAGGCCUACCGCCAGGCGGUGUUCGCCUGGAUGGCGCUGGUGUACGGCCCGGUGCAGUGGGUCCGCCUCAGCAGCCAGGCCCAGCGGGCGGCCGCCCUCGAUCAGUGGCUCACGCUGCCCAUCUUCGCCUGGGUGCCGGCCUGGGUGGCCGAGUUACUGCGGAGCCGGGGGCAGCGAGGUCCCCGGGGCUGGGCCUGGGCCUGGGCCUGGGCCUCGUCCCCGCUGCUCACGCAAGCCGCCUCGGUCUGCAGUUACGGCCUGGCGCUGGUCCACCGCCGGGGCUUCGAGCUGGCCCUGGGGGCCCACAUCGCCGCGGCGGUGGUCUCCGGCCUGGCGGCUCAGUCCGCUCUCGGUGGCCGGGCCUCCCGCCGGCACCUGGUGCUCGCCAUCGCCUCCUGCUGCGGCUUCGUGGGCCUCAAGCUGCUGGAGCAGCCCCUGGCCGCCUGGGGCCUACUGCCCGCGCCCCUCUCCGGCCACUCCUGCUCCAAGGUCUGCGACAUCCUGCAGUUCCACCACAGCUUCUGCUUCCUGGACCUCCUGGCCCGGGAGAAGGAGGCGCGCCGGCACCGCUGAGGGAGGGGAGGGGGAGAGGUGCUGCAUCUGCGUGGCGCCGCCAGCGUCCGCACAGCGCCCAUCCCCGCGAAUGGGGGGGGUGGGGAGAGAUCCAGGACCCCCUCCCCUCCCCUCCCUGUCAGAGUCACUGGAUGUGAAGCUGGAAGAGCACAGCAGGUCAGACGGCAUCCCAAGGAGAAGGAAUGUCAACAUUUUGAGUGGACAGCUUUUGUUAUUAAAUAAGAAACCAACAUGGGGAUGCAGCAACUUGGUGAAACUCCUGUAAUUCCCAUGCCUCGUCUACCGAGCUUGCACCUCUUUAGACUGUGGGAGGAAACUGGAGGAGUAAGAUCGUGGGAUGCUACUUGUGCAAGUUAAUAGUGAUUUGUAAUUCACAGAGUAUCUCUUCCUCAUCACAAGUUAAUAUUGGUUGCACUUCUUUGGACUGUGAGAGGAGACUGGAGCACCCAGAGGAAAUCCACAUGGACACGGGCAGAACAUGCAAAAUCAACAUAGACAGAUGUCUGAGGGUGGAAUCGGACCCAGGUGCUCUGAGGCAACAGCGCUAACCACUGAGCGUAAUUAGCCCAGAGGUAAAGUAACAUCUAUGUCACAGCGAUGAUGGACAUUCAUAAAUAACAUCAACAUGUGUGGUUAUUUCCCCUGUGAGCACAAAAUGAUGACCAUUACCAAGUGUGUUCACAGUAUACCUGUUGAGGUGUCAUUGUCCAUGAAUACAUUCUUUUAAACAUGAUUGUUUUAUAUAUUUGAUACAGUAAACAUAACAGAUAAUCUUACAUGUUUGUAUUGUUAAAUGAAAAUGUGAAAAUAUGAAUAACUUUGUACAUGUUGGAAACUAUGUCAUGUAUUUGCAGGUAUCCUGGUAUGCCAAUCAUGAAUUAAACAGUGAACAAUGA